CAUCAGUGCAGCAUCUACUCUGAGUAACUUCUCAAUCUCAAAAAUUUUGUCUGCUCCCGGAAAUAAAGAUGGUGAGUUAUAAAGUCACUUUAUUCACCGGCAACCGAGUUGCUGCUGGGACUUUCAACCACGUCUUCAUAAAGCUGGUGGGCACUGAAGGAGAGAGUGAACGCAAAUGGCUGGUGGGCUUCAAAGGGGCUUCAGCCUUCAUCAGAGGAGCUGAGUCCUCCUUCACUGUGUGUGCCCCCACCUCUCUUGGAAAACUGGUUCUGGUAGAGGUGGACAAAAAGUCCCUUCUGCUCUUCCCAGAAGACUCCUGGUUUCUCACCAAAGUGGAGGUGAAAUCCCCCGAUGGAGACACGUUCACCUUUCCUGUCCACCGCUGGAUCAGUGACAGCUCCGUGCACCGCUUUAGAGAGGCCACAGCUCUGAGGAUCAUUGACGACCAGCAUCAUCUUGGCAGGUACAGCCGGGAGCAGGAGCUGAAAGAGCGAGAGGAAGAUUAUCGCUGGCACGUGUAUGCAGAAGGUAUACCUCACUGCAUCAAGGCAGAUGGCCCCACUUCACUGCCAUGUGAAGUCCAGUUCUCCUUCACCAAAACCACAGAGUUCCUCUUUACAGCAUCGUCAGGAUUGUCAGAGCUGAAACUGAAGGGGCUCGAUGGCUGUAAGAAGGGGUGGACUAACAUCGAUGACAUCGAUCGGGUGUUUUGCUGCAAACAAACAGACAUAGCAGAUUAUGUCCAAGAACACUGGAAGGAAGAUUCCUUCUUUGGAAUGCAGUUUCUCAAUGGAGUCAAUCCCAUCUUGAUCCGGCGCUGCACAGAGCUGCCCAGAAACUUCCCCGUCACCGACUGCAUGGUGUUUCCUUGUGGUCAGAUGAGCUUGGCUGAAGAAAUAAAGAAAGGAAACAUUUUCCUGUGUGACUACAAGCAUUUGGAUGGAGUGAAAACCAACACAAUCAAUGGAAAGAAGCAGUACUUGAUGGCUCCACUUGUGCUGCUUCAAAAAACUGAGGACAAGAAGCUGAUGCCAAUCGCCAUCCAGCUGAAGCAGGCGCCUGCAGAGGACAACCCCAUCUUCCUACCCACAGAUCCUGAGUACGAUUGGCUGCUGGCAAAGAUUUUUGUGAGAAGUGCGGAUUUCAGUGAGCACCAGCUGAACACUCACCUGCUUCGUACUCACCUGCUGGCUGAGGUUUUUGCUGUGUCUCUGCUGCGCAACGUUCCGAUGGUGCAUCCUCUCUACAAGCUCCUCAUCCCCCACACUCGAUACACUCUGCAGAUCAACUUCCUAGCUCGAAACUUAUUGAUAUCUGAGAAAGGAUCUUUCACUCAGUUUGCUGCCUCUGGUGGAGAGGGAAUGAUGACAAUCCUGAGGCGCUCCCUGUCUGCAGUCACAUACACCUCCCUCUGUUUCCCUGAUGAUGUUGCUGAGAGGGGGGUGCAGGAUGUACCAAACUACUACUACAGGGACGAUGGGCUGAGGCUUUGGGAAAUCACCUACAGGUUUGUGAAAGGAGUCAUUGAGUUCUACUACAAGAACGACGAGGAAGUCCAGCAAGACUCCGAAAUACAGAAGUGGAUUUCAGACAUUUUCAAACACGGAUUCCUUUCACAAGCGUGCACUGGAAUUCCACAAAGUUUCACAAGCGUGGCGCAGCUGGUCAAAUUCGUUACCAUGGUGAUAUUCACAGGCUCCGCCCAGCAUGCUGCAGUCAACAGUGGACAGUAUGACUACGGUGGCUGGAUGCCAAACACUCCCAUCUCUCUGAAACGGCCUCCACCAACCAAGAAAGGGGUAGCGAAUGAAGACACCAUGCUGGAAACUCUGCCAGACGUCAACGUAACCGUUCAGGGCAUGGCCACCUUGUGGCUCCUUAGCAAGCAGUCAAGUGAUUUUGUCCCCCUCGGCGAGUACCCCGAGCAGCACUUCAGCGAGGACACUCCCUGUGAGUUCAUCAAGAACUUUCAAGCAGAGCUGGAGGAGCAGAGCAGAAGGAUCAAAGCCAGAAAUGAAAAUCUGGAAGUGCCGUACAAAUAUCUGAACCCAGAAGAGGUGGAAAAUAGUGUUGCUAUUUGAACAUGAAUGUGAUCCUCGAUCAACUGAUAACGAACUUUCAGCUUUUGACCUGAUGAAGCUUGAAUGUUCAGGCAGUUUAACACAUUAAAACGAACCUGUAAAGGAUCAGAUCAGAGAAACAAACAAAAGUGUUGUCCUGUUGGAACUCCUGUUAUAUGUUUUGUAUUUAUAGAGCAUCUCAAAUAUAAUCCGUCUUUCUUUAAUCUUUUCAUUUAAACUUUCUUAGAAAAUAUUUUUGAACGAAACUUUUUUUUCCACCAAGUUUGAAAUCAUUAUUGAUAAAAUCAAGGAAUAACA